AUGGGCGGAGUGGAUCCGCGUCCCGCAGGGCGUCGUAUAGAGCGCGCGAUCUCGACGCAUCAGCGAGGACCCUUCAAGUACGAACUCCGAGAUUUCGCGUUGCAAAAGGCGUUGGGUCAAGGAGCAUUUGCAAAAGUGUAUCUAGUUCAGCGUAAUCAGGAUGGGAGGCGCUUUGCAUUGAAGUCUAUGCGCAAGGACAACGUCAUAAAAAUGCAGCAAGUGCAACAUGUGCAAAACGAGAGAAGCUUGAUGGAGAGCAUACGAAAUCCAUUCCUGGUGGCGCUGGAGGCCACAUUCCAGGACUCCAAACACAUCUACAUGAUUAUAGAGUACAUGCCCGGGGGAGAUCUGUUCAACCAGAUCCAAAAAUAUGGCAACUUCGAUGAGCCACUCGCCAAGUUCUAUGGUGCCGAAGUCGCCAUGGCGCUAUCGUAUCUUCACAGCGAAAACAUAGUAUACCGGGACCUGAAGCCGGAGAACGUGCUCAUCGAUGGCGAUGGGCAUGUCAAGCUCGGGGAUUUCGGGUUUGCGAAAGUUAUAGACGGGACUACUCGAACAUUCUGCGGGACUCCAUCCUACAUCCCACCGGAGAUCUUGCUCAAUCGGGAGUAUACCGGUGCUGUAGACUGGUGGUCUUUUGGUGUGCUGCUCUUCGAGAUGCUUUCGGGGUGCUCACCAUUUCAAGAAGAAACCGCAGCACGAACGUACGAGCGUAUCCUUCAAGGCGUGAUCCGGUGGCCCAGGGAUAGAUCAAAGUACUUCUCUCCCGCAGCGGAGUCGUUGAUAGUUUCGCUACUGGUGUUCAGCCCGCAACAGCGGCUCGGAUGCGAGGAUGAAGCCGAGAUUCGCGACCACAGAUUCUUCUCGACGAUCUCAUGGCAGAAAGUGAAAACACGAAAGCAACCGGCCGUGAGACAUGCAAGUUCACAAAACCCCCCUCAUCAACGAUCAGCUACGGUUGGCGGAACGUUCGAGACUGACGCAGAUAUGACUGCAUCGACGCAAUUUGAGAUCAGCGCUUGGAAGAGUUCCUCUGUGACUGCCCGCCCACCCUCUACUGUUUUUUCACCAGACUUGUUCAAAGAUUUUUGA